AUGGCUGGCCACGUGGGGCAGGAACUGGGGCGCCCGUACCCCUUGGUGGGGCAGGGCCUGCAUCUGGACGCCGUCCCGCCAGGCCCAGCCAACGGGGCGCCCCACGAGGGGCCCGGCAGCUUCCUACCUGAGGCCUACAAUGGGGCGGCCCCCGGGCAGGGCUAUGGCUACCGGCUGGACUACGGGCCGCAGGGGGGGCUCCUAGAGACGCAGCCGGGGGACCCCGCCGGGCACCAGGCCCUGCUCCGUGCCUGGUGCCCCUUCCCCAUGGGCGGGGAGGGCUGGGCGCCCCCCUACGGCCCUGCCCAGCCCGCUGCGGCCUAUGAAGGCCUGAAGCCUGAUGUCAAGCCGGAGCGGGAGUGCGGCCAACAGGGCCCCAUGUAUGGGCACCCGGCCCAGGCCUGGGGGGGCUGCUUCCUGCCCCAGGCUGCUGCUCGCCCCCUGGCCGCCUUGCCCCCACCACCCCCCGGCCCCGCGGGCGAGGGGGGCGAGGGCAGCGGGGCCAGCAGCCCCCAGAGUGAUGGCAGUGGGGGCAGCCCCGGAGCGCCGGCGGCCCCCGGCGAGGUCAAGGCAGAGGAGGCCGAAAGUGGGGACGAGGAGACCCCGAGCACCGAGCAGAUGGAGCAGUUUGCCAAGGAGCUGAAGCACAAACGGAUCACGUUGGGGUUCACGCAGGCCGACGUGGGGCUGGCCCUGGGCGUGCUGUACGGGAAGAUGUUCAGCCAGACGACCAUCUGCCGCUUCGAGGCCCUGCAGCUCAGCUUCAAGAACAUGUGCAAACUGAAACCGCUGCUGCAGCGCUGGCUGGACGAGGCCGACGGCAACGCCAACCUGCAGGAGAUGUGCAGCAUGGAGAGCGCCCUGCUCCAGGCCCGCAAGCGGAAGCGAACCAGCAUCGAGACAGCGGCGCGGGGCUCCCUGGAGAGCUACUUCCUGCGCUGCCCGAAGCCCAGCCUGCAGGAAAUCGCCCACAUCGCCCACGACCUGCGCCUCGACAAGGACGUGGUCCGCGUCUGGUUCUGCAACCGCCGGCAGAAGGGAAAGCGCAGUGGGGGCUGCUCUGUCCGCGACGACUGUGAGGGGGGGGCCCUGCCCUUUGCUCCCCCCGCCCAGCUGCCAGGGCCCCCCAUGGGGCACCACUCCCCGCCCCCCCAGGGCUACAACGCUGCUGCCUUCGCCACCCUCUACAUGCCCCAGUUCCACCACGGGGGGGAGCCCUUCGACCCCACUCCCCCAGGCCCCCCCCUCAUGGGCCACCCUAUGCACUCCACCUGAAUGACUGGGGGGUGGGGGUGGGGCAGGCGGUCCUGGCGGGGGGCAGACACUGACAGGCCUAUGGAAGGGCGGGGAAUUUUAACUGGAACCCCCCCCACCUUAGCUUUAUGGCAAAGGAUUGUGGGUAAAUUUCCCAGGAGGGGGAUGAUUUGCACCACCCCUCCCCUCAUUUUUAAUUUUAAGGCAAGGGAUUGUGGGUAAGUUUUUAUUUACAGGCAAAUCUCCCCCCUCCCCCCCAGUCUGAAAGGCCUCUGCAUGAAAUGACCCAAUGCGGGGGAAGGAACGGUUCUAGAUCAGCCCUGUCUAGAUAGCAAGUGUUCUUGAGCCAGUGCCCCAUCUUGGCUCUAGAGGCUCUGGACCACAAACACCCUCAACCAGGCUGGCUCUAGAAGUGGGAUGUUCUCAAUGUGCUCUAGAACCCACCCUGUCCCAGCCACCGGAGGUCUAGAACAGCUACCACCUCUCAGUGGACAAUCUGGAACUGAUGGUGUUCUAGGUAUCUCAACAGUCCUAUAAUAUCUUUAUAGGUCUAGAAAUAGCGAAGAAAGCUCUGGUGGCUUGAGUCCUGUCAGCUCCUUUCAGGUAUCUUGGGAUGCAGGUCUGAAAUCCAGAACAUCGGCCCUUCAAGGUGGGAGGGGUCCAGUACAACCAUGAAUGCUUUCGAAUCAGGCCACCCAUGUUGUGGGUGUUGAUCUAGAACCUCCAGUGUAGCCCUUCAGUGUGGUGGGGCUCUAGAACAUCCUGGUGAAACUAGGACUCCACCCUGGUGAUCUCCUGUGAACCUAUGUAUAUGCGAUCUAGACCAGGGCUUCUCAAACUUCAUUGCACGGUGACCCCUUUCUGACAAUAAAAAUUACUACAUGACCCCAAGAGGGGGGAACCGAA